GCACACACAUAUACAACCACCCGCAGUUAGUUUGACUGCCAUCGGCUUGGUGCACCACGGUUCCGUUUAUUUUUCCUAGUGUAAAACCACUGUAAAUGACAGUGCGGCACUGCAUUGGAGGCUCUGACUUAAAAGGGUUCAUACAUUUACACCUGGAUACGGUUGCUCUCAGGACGACAGGGUGGAGACAUCAGGACUGAGUCAGACGUAUAGGCACCUAUAGGGUCAACCUCUACUGUUUCAAGUGGAUUCGGACUUGACACAAGCCUGUCCUGUUCUGAGAGGGGAGAGAAGCGGGUGACAUGACUGGAGCUGGGGCUGAGGAUGACAUCCCAUUGGGUGAAAGGAAGACGGUCACAGACUUCUGCUACCUGCUGGACAAGUCCAAACAACUCUUCAAUGGUCUACGAGAUCUUCCUCAGUACGGACACAAGCAGUGGCAGUCCUACUUUGGCCGCACCUUUGACGUCUACACCAAGCUGUGGAAGUUUCAGCAGCAGCACAGGCAGGUCCUGGACAAUCGGUAUGGCCUGAAGAGAUGGCAGAUAGGGGAGGUGGCGUCCAAAAUAGGCCAGCUGUACUACCACUACUAUCUUCGUACCUCAGAAACAAGUUACCUGAAUGAGGCCUUCUCGUUCUACUCGGCCAUCCGUCAGCGGUCCUACUACUAUCAGGUCAACAAAGAGGAUAGGCCUGAGUUGGUAGUGAAGAAGCUUCGGUAUUAUGCCCGCUACAUAGUAGUCUGUUUACUUCUGAACAAGAUGGACCUAGUGAAGGUGCUGGUCAAGGAGCUGUCAGAGGAAAUCGAGGACUAUACACAGCGCUUCAACACAGAAGAUCAGUUAGAAUGGAAUCUUGUCUUACAAGAGGUGGCAGCUUUUGUGGAGGCAGACCCAGUGGUGGUGCUGAACGAUGAAAAUACUGUGGUCUUCACAUCCAAUCGGCUACAGGAGGGGGGCGUGCCUCAGUUGGAACAGGGAAUGGUAGUUGGCCAGCUUACCCUGGCAGAUGCACUAAUCAUUGGAAACUGCAACAACCAGGUCAAAUUCAGUGAGCUAACCAUCGAUAUGUUCCGCAUACUCCAAGCUUUGGAGCGGGAACCAGUCAACCUGGCUACUACAACUUCUAAACCUGGAACAUUGGCCCUUACCCCAUGUCUUCCUUCACAGGAACCCAGCGAGAAGCCAGCCAAGAGAGAGAACCCUCACAAGUACCUGCUGUACAAGCCAACGUUCAGCCAGCUCUACACCUUCUUGUCUGCCUCCUUUAAGGAGUUGCCAGCGAACAGUGUGCUGCUCGUCUAUCUUUCAGCUACUGGAGUCUUCCCUACCGGACGCUUGGAUUAUGAGGGACCAUAUGACUUUGGAGGAGUUCUCACCAACACAAACCGUGAUGUGGUGAACGGGGAGACUGUACAGAAAAGGAACCAAGCCCAAAAAGAGAUGCACUGCCUUCACCCUGGGGACUUGUUCCCUUUCACCCGGAAGCCUCUUUUUGUCAUUGUGGACUCUUCCAACAGCACAGCCUAUAAGAAUUUCACCAAUCUCUUUGGUCAGCCGCUGGUGUGCCUGCUAUCUCCCACAGUCUAUCCAAAGAGCAUGCAAGACCAGUCUCAGCGCGGCAGCCUCUUCACACUCUUCCUGUACUGCCCCCUUCUGGCCUUCUUGUCAGUGUGUGGCCUGAGCAGCCUGCGCCAAGGAUUGUGGGAGAAGGCCGAGGAGUUUCUACACAAGGUGUACCGUGACAUCGGCCAGAUGAUUACACGCUCACAAACUAUAGACCAAGCCUUUCUACAGUUCUACGGUGAUGAGUUCCUCCGAUUGUUACUGAUCCGCUUUGUGUUUUGCUCGGCUACACUGAGACUGCACAAGCUCUUCCGGGAGUCCAGGAGCUUCCCGGAAUCGUACCCUCAGCUACCCAAACAGGACACGGUGGAGAGCAGCCUCCUGCAGAAGCACGUUCUGGAGCUGGCCGCCAUGUUGGAUGUGCGCAGCCUCUUUUGGGACGGAACGCUGGACGUGAACUACUAACCUUCAGCUGCCCAGCUAGUCACCACAACUAUACAAACACAGACCACCGCUAUACACAUUCGCACAAGGGAGAGUCCUCAUCUUUGAGGUAAUUAAGUUACUGGUUGAACACACUGCAAUAGUGUCUGUUUCUUUUUAACCCAAGAUCCCCUUAUUUCCCCUAUCGGCUAUACUUAUUUUAAGUACAUUCAUACAGCUACUUGUGGAAGUCAACUAUGUACAAUGCAAACAUGAACAAGUUACCUAGCUACUUAUAUCCACAUGAGCUGAGCAUGUACUACCGUGUUGUUACUAUAAAAAAAAAAGCACUCAAAUGAACACAUGGUGCAGCUAUUUUAGUCUGAGGGUGGCAGGAGGACACGUGAAGCUAUCGAUGGCUUUAACACUUAAAAAGACAGAAAAUAAAUUAACAUAGUUUUACAACAGCACUGCCUGCAAUGGGUUCUAGAUGGAUGCUUCCAACUAUCUGAACUGCAAAUGAACUUCAAUGCAAGCUGUAGGGUCGUCUCCUCUUCUGUGCAUGGGUAGAUGUGUUGGCAAAGUUUACUGGAUGUAGGGUUUAGAGUUAGACUAACCUCCAUAUUUGUUUACCCAAAUAGAUCUGCUGGUUUUAACACAUCUAAUUCUAAUGUAAUUGCCUGGAAGUUGCUUUUUUUUGUUUAGUUUCAGUAGUCUGUUCUGUAAAACUGAGGCCUGGAUGGGAAAAGUAACAGAGUGCCUGCCUAUGCAGACACUCAUGAACAGUUUAGCCCUGUUCAGAAACGACCACUUUCUCCUACCCUCUAGGCACCAGUUCUGACCCGUUUAUAGAUACCAGCUCCUAACAUCUAGGUACUAACACACGGAGGUGGUGUCAGUGGCUUUGAAUGAUCUGCAAACAUAUCCGCUCAUUUAGUGCAGUGACUGAGCAAGCGGGAGGUCGCUAAUCUAUUUUCACUGUCUAUUACUCCUUGUAUCAGAGCAAGUUUUCGGACUGGGUUUACCGCGGGUAUAUGUGUAAGCACCCUGCAGGUACACAGCUGCCCAGCCCCUCACUGGCCAAUCAAAAUAGAUAAAUAGACACAUCUCUCCCAAUCUUCUGCUUUUUCAAAGAAAUCACUUGAGGAACCAGGGUAACACUCCUUCUGGGGUGGAUCUUUUAAAAGAUUUCGCUUUGACCUUGAUUGGCAGCAUAUCAUUGGCUGCAUAUCUUUUGAGACAUUGUAGGGAUGGAAAAGGCCUCUAUGCUGUAGCCUAUAAGUUCUGGGGGUUGCAUCCCAUGGCAAUUAUAGUCUUACGUAUUCUCUACUUAACCCUCUUUCUCCAGACCAGUUCUUUCAGACCAGUGGGGAUUAAGGAAAUUAGGUAAAGGGGGUAGAUUCUGAGAUUCACCCCUCCUGAUUCAACAACUAUUGGUUUCUGGAAAUGUAGGACUUUGAGAGGCCCUGUGUCAUUCAUUAUAACUAAGCCCCCAUAAUGGCAUUCCUCUGUCUUAGGCAUGAUGGUUUACUGGAGAGCUCAUGCUGCUGUUUCUCUUUCUUUGCAUGUCUUAUCAGUAUUCUUGUCCAUAGAGUUUACUCUGUCGAGUUCAUGUUAGUCUGUUUGCAGGUCAGUUCCAGCGUUAGCCGUCUAGUGAGUGCCCUGCAUGGCAGCAAGCGUCAUCUAAUUUCCUUAUAUUGAUGGGGGCUUGAAGCAAUGGAACCGGGUAGUGCUGAAACUGACUCCUGGCAACCAUUUUUAAGUACGUGUGUGGUGAUGAACAAAAAUAGCCAAAUCAUUUUGUUUUUUGUAUUUACUGAGAGAGAAAAAAUGAAUUUCAAAAGUAAGAAAUCACAAUUUUAAAUGUAUAUUUAUGUUUAAUUGAAAAUAACAGUAUGUGAUACAGAGAGAUGUUUGGUCUUUAGUACGUAUGUUGAAUUGUUAAUUGUAGAAGCUGUGAAAAAUAUAUGCAGUUGGCACAGCAAUUUUAAUGAAUGAACUGCACAUUGUUCCCCCCAACCCCCCCAUCAGUUGUUUUGGUCAAAUUCAGCCAGCAUACAUUCCAAGGACAUGGAGAGAGUCGGGGAAACUGACACGGUUCUCCCCAUUGAAACAAACAAAAGUGGACCAUUUCAACAUGGGAAAUACUACUCCCCAUGGCAAUUAUAAUCAUAUUUUGUUUAUUUGUUGACAAUGAUAAUAUGAUUAAUAAUGAUGAUAAAACAAUAGUAGCCUUGCACUUUACUGUAUUGAAUUAUGACCUAAUCUUAUUUGUCGUGCUGUCAGUAUAAAGGCAUGCCAGAGAACGUCCAAUCCAUUAUUCCCUAUGCCACCCCACGAUCAUUGUAAUACACAUUUAGAUAUUUGAUGUUUUUGUCAAUGACAAUGGACAAGAACACUGUCCAUAUUUUUUUGUAAAAACCUUAAUUGUUGUGAUAUAUGAUGUUAUCUGUGUUAUUUCAUUAGAGCAUGCAUGUCUGUCCAUGUUUGGGAUGGCAGCACAGGGCAUGAUCAUCCAGAUCACACAAGACUAGCAUCCUAGCUCACUGGGAAGCACAAGCUAGUGCAACGAGCUACACUACCGUAGCUCAUCUUCUCUUCACUUAGGGGACCCACUUUCAUAGAAAUGUAUAUCUACAAAGCCUCUGGACUGUUUCAUUCAAACUGCCUUUUGGUUUUAUCCAGUUUCUUUUGUUCAAGCACAUCAUGACCGUGGCGUCACAGUCCAAUUUUUAAUUGCCACCAUUUUUAUGGACCACUCCAAUUUCCAUAAGAGUUAUCACUGCCAAAACAAGUUGACUGAUGAGCUUUCAGGGGAAGGCCAUGAAGAAUUACUGUCCAGUUGAGCAUAUCACCCAUGUUUUCUUGGACUAUCCUUGAUUCAUGAAUUUACAAACAUGACGAAGUCCUCAAGGGAAGAGGAAAAGACGGAGCACCCAUACUUAACUAAACCUGAUUCAAAAAGGUUGACUCAUUGUGACCGUGUCAUAUCAUACACUGUGAAUUGUAUGCAGUAAAACCAUUUUGGGACAUGUUUUCCUGCUUUGUCUUUGGGCCUUUGUUUACAGCCCGUUGUAAUCUCGUGGUGACUUUACUCUCCUCCAUGUAGUGUGUUAUUGUGCAUUGUAGUUAGGAGCAAGAGGGGAACAAAAAGCACUCAUAUUCUUAUAGAAAAGUGUCAAAGCUUCCUGUGCAAACUGAAGUGAAGCUGCCCCUUUACCGUGUAUCCCCAACCCAAAAUAGGUCUUACUAGUGAGGAUAAUAGUACAGUAUAUGUAAAGUACAUAUGAUAUUUAUGCAUAAUGACAAAGCCCUAGACACCAUUUAUUUAUGUUAUAAUACUUGUAAAUUGUGACAGGAUGUGUCUGACCUCUUUCCCCUGUUGGCAUGUAGUUGAAGCCCCUAAUAGGGUGAAAUGUUGAGAAACAAAGGAAUGUCCAUUCUAUAAAUUACGUAUCUAUUAUUUGAAAGUCAUGUCAAUUCUGUGCAAUACAUUUCUAUCUGCAAUGCUUUGAACGUUUCGCACCAUUUGGAUAAACCCUAGAUGAGUAACACAAUGAUAUGGAACAAAACUAUAUUUAAGUAUGAACAUUAAUUUCUUGGGCCUAAAUCUAAAAUGUUACUUUGAGAGUAAGGGUGUUCUUUCUACCGGUUCCUACUGUUGUGGGAGGGAACGAUUUCAAAGUGAUAUAUUGGUCGGAAUACUCUUUCUUUAUAAGUUAAGGGUUUCUAGAGAUGCUAGUUAAACAUUAUUUGGCAUUCUUUGUUUAUAUCCUUUAAACGGUUCUGUCCCAUUUGUUGCCAAUUAUAUUUGAUGUUAAGUAUGAAGGAAAAAUAAGUUGACCAAAACAUGCAAGCUUUUUUGAAUGCUUUAAAGAAAAUUAAAAGUUUGACUGUUUUGUUUUAAUUUG